AUGACACAUAAUCCAGCAGACGCUCUCUUGCCUUCACCUCCACGUUCACCUCCAAGAGCAGUACCUAAUCCUUACGCAGGAUUUUCACAAUCUUCUCAGAAUGCCAGCUCAUCAUCACGAAAACAAUGGUUUAGAGUAGCCACAGUGAAUGACGUAAAGAAUCGAAAUUGUUGGAUCUGUUCAGAUGGUGAUGCAGACGAAGCAGAAUUAGGUGGUCCACCAAAGAAAUGGGUCCAUCCUUGUAAAUGCAGUUUGAUGGCACACGAAGAAUGUCUCUUGACUUGGAUUCGAACAAGACGUACUCGUGAUCCCAAAAAGCCAAUUCAAUGUCCUCAAUGCUCUGAAAUUUAUGGUAUCAUUGAACAGAAACCAGGACUAUUACGAUUAUUCGAAUCGGGAAAUAAGUUCUUACGAGAUGCGUUACCGAUAGCAACAGCUGGAGUUGCUGGUGGAGGUAUUCUUGUGGCAGCAACAGCCUAUGGAUGUGCAGCUAUUCGAUUAUGGAUCGGUAAAGAUGCUGCUGGAAGAGUGCUCGGCGGAAAAUGGCCCUGGCAUUACUACCUAGACAUCCCAAUCAUUCCGCUCGCUUUGAUUGUUUCGCGAUUCAGUUUCUUUCAUUAUCCUUUGACAAAUAUACCAACAAUGGUACUUUGGCCCAUUAUGAUGUUUCAUAUGCCCUAUUUGACCGAUUAUAACGGCUAUUACACCUCAUUGCGUAGAGGCAUGAACAGACGUCGAUGGGAUAACGCAAGCCCUCGCUCAAACUCACCUUACUUCGCAUCCCCUGGACGCACAUAUCCUCCAAGCCCUGGUUUGACGAUCUUGCUGGUACCAUGGGUCAGAGCCGCUUAUAUCAUGCUGAAGUAUCGUGUCACCAAGAAAGUCUUGGCACCAUUCUCUCGUCGAACUACGACCAAUGCAAAUGGACGAAAUGAAUCUGGACGUAGACAAACCCGAUUGAUUGUCAUUGGUGAAGAUGCUCCUGUUGAAGGAUUAGAUCAAGAUGGAACAGUCAAUGUGGACGAGAAUGGAAAUCCGCAAGAAAUUCCACCAGGUGCAGAGGCCAUCGAGACCAAUGAUAGAACAGUAUACGUUUCCCCUCAAAGUUUGGCUCGAUUGAUCAUCGGCGCUCUGAGUGGGCCAGUGAUUGCUAAUCUGAUGGGAAAGCUCCUUGCAAAAGCAGCUUCUUACAGUGACUUCUUGCGUCGAUUCUUGGGUAUGGAAACCUUGCUUUCACCACGCUAUGGCUCUCGCAAUCCCACCAGGAGCACUACUUCAUCAGCAACGCAAAGUACACCCUUAGGCAGACUAUUCUCAACCGGCUCAAUCUUUCCAAAAUCUUCCGAUGAAAGUUUUUCAACACAUUCUACUGCUUCUGUCGUACAUGAAGUAAGUGAUGGUAUGACUUGGUUCCGUGCAACAGGUACGUUCGAUGAUCUUGACCCUGUCUGGUUCCGUAAUGCGAUCGGAGCUGGAAUCUUUAUCAUGCUUAAGGAUAUUGUACAAUUACGCUAUCGCUAUUUACGUCUCGAACAUGCAAGGGAAGGUGCAAAACGAACGAAGAUCGUCGAUCGACCGUUCAUUGGUGGAAUUGUGGACGAGUUGGAACUUCGCGAUGAAGGAGACAGAAGAUAA